AUGAGCGGCAGCAGCAGCCGCCAGGGCAAACACUGUGAACUGAGUAACUGGUCCUGUUUCCCCGGUCCCUGCUUCCCCUUCUCUGUGUGUGAGGAACUGGAUGGGGUGGUCUGCCCUGCGGGCACCAGAAAUAACAGAGCGGAGGCCAAAAAGCAGGCGGCUGUCUCUGCCUUCUCUUACGUCAGGAGUCAGCUGGAGAGCCCAGAGAACAUUGUCACCCACGAGCAGCGCUGUGCAGCUGUGGUCAGCACCGGCUUUGACCGCCUGUUGGAUGAGAACUCACCGUACCGGGCCUGCAAAGGGACUGUGGCUGCUGUUAUCCUGGAGAGGGAGAUCCCGGGUGCCAGGGGCCAUGCCAAGGAGAUCUACCAGCUGGUGGCACUGGGCACAGGCAGCAGCAGCUGUGCUGGCCGGCUGGAGUUCUCCGGCCGCCAGCUCCAUGACUGUCACGGUCUGGUCAUCGCGCGCCGGGCCCUGCUGAGGUUCUUGUUCCGGCAGCUCCUGCUGGCCACGCAGGGUGGCACCAAGGGCAAGGAGCAGUCCUUGCUGGUCCCUUAUGCUGGGCCCGGGCCCUGCUUCGCCCUCAAGCCCGGGAUCUUCCUGCACCUCUAUGUCAGUAACACCCCCAAGGGAGCGGCCCACAACAUCUACUUCCCAUCAUCCUCGGAGGGUGAUACCCUGCACAGGCCGCCCUUCCGUCUUCAAGCGCAUGUCCGCGGGCAGCUGGAGUCUGUGUGCUAUGUGGCACCCGUGCUACGCAGUACCCACGUAGUCUGCCUCUCAGCCAGUGACAAGCUGGCACGCUGGGCUGUGCUGGGGCUGGGUGGCGCCCUGCUGGCCCACUUCUUGCCACCUCUCUAUGCCACCAGCCUGGUCUUGGCUGACCCCCACCAUGACCUGCCCACUCUGAGCUGGGCCAUCCAUGGCCGGCCCAGCCUAGACAGAGUCUUGGGACCAUGCCUGCCACCUCCCUACAUCCGUAGCACCCUGCACCUGUUUGCAGGGCCCCCUGUGGCCCCCUCUGAACCUACCGCCAACACCUGCCGUGGCCUGAGCCUCAACUGGAGCCUGGGGGACCCUGAUGUCGAGGUUGUGGACGUGACCACCGGGCGUGUGAAGGCCAACACUGCCCUCGGGCCUCCCUCCCGCCUCUGUAAGGCAGCUUUUCUCCGGGCCUUUCACCAGGCUGCCCAAGCUCUGGGGAAGCCCCACCUCCUGGCCUUGAAGACCUAUGAAGCUGCCAAGGCUGGGACCUACCAGGAGGCUCGCAGGCAGCUCUCUGUCCUCCUGGAUCAGCAGGGCCUAGGGGCUUGGCCCUCGAAGCCACUGGUGGGCAAAUUCAGAAACUGAAACAGACCAGCUGGACCCCCACUGGGGGAGCCCUUUCUGAGUGGUGGGGGAUGGGCCUGGGCUAGGCUGUGGUGGCGUGCAGGGGGAGUUGGGAGGGAGGGGCCUUAUGUGGCUGGAGGCAGGCUGCUGCACAUUUGGGCUUGAAUAAAGAAGUUGUUUGUGGUGCU